AUGGAGGGUGAGUCUCUCAACAUCUUGAAGCAUGGCUGGGGCUACACCUGCCCGGUCUCCACGGUCGGCAUCUUCAACAAGUGCUACGAAGCGACUCGCCGGCGGAACGCUUCCGCCUCUUUCUUGGCCCUAUGGGCUUUGGUUCUGAUUCGCCGACAGAGUGAAUGUUGGCCUGCGGUGAAGUGCGAGAAGAAGUCUGCGAAGGAAAUGGGCCAGCAUGUGAUGGAUGGACUCUCCCACCAUGCGGGCAACCUCAUGGGUGCCCUCUCUGGCGCUUUGACGGGCGACGACCAGAAGGAGAAGAAGAUGUUCAAGGAGGAGGACAAGCCCGACAUGGACCUGGGCGCAACAGCAAAGAGUGCCUGGGCUUCGAUGCUCAGCGACGACAAGGAAAAGGAUGUUUGCGUUGGCGGCCGCAAGGUGCACGUGUGGAAGGUCACCGAAUGA